AUGCUUAGAAAUGUGGUCCCUAUAAGGCGUUCUCUAAUAGCAACUAAUAUAUUUACAAAAAUAAAAUACUCUACUACAACAGAAAAUAAAAGUACUGCUAAGCAAGUAGAACAAAUAACUAGCAAUAUAAAUCCAAAAGAUAUACUUCGUGAAACUGAAACAUUUGAUAAUGUGUUGAAGCAUCUAGAAGAAAAAAGAUAUUCCAAAACGACUGCAUCUAAAGAAUGGGCAAAGAAGUUGGAAGUUAUUUUUGAUGGGAGCACAACUAGUGAUGAGCAUACACUUACUAUAAAAAAUGACAAUAAAGUAGAAGAAAAUUCCGAAUCACUACUUUUAAAUACAAUACGAGGUGCUCUGGGUUUAGAUGGUAAAAAAGAAGUAAAUUUUAACGAAGUAAAACAAACUACUUCUUCUAACUCGCUACUCGAUGAUAUGAAAAUGCCACCUUUAAAUUUUAAGCUUAAUUUACCAGAAAACACUCUGAAGAUUAUUCAAUUUCAAGAAGAUUAUAAAAAAGGAAUGGACAAAGUAAUGGAACCAUAUACAAGAAAAUUAUUGAAUACAAUUACAAAUGAUUUUGAAUUAUUAGAAUAUUUUAACAAAACCCUAACCAAUUAUAAACCGAAUCAAGAUAUUCAAAUACCGCAAGAUAAUUUGGAUGAACUAUUUCAAAUCAUCAAAGCUGAUCUUGAAUCUAAAUCUGAAAAUGAUUUAACGAUACCUCAACCAUAUAAGAAGACUCUACCUUACAUUGUUACUAAAAUAUUCCAGUUACCUGAAUUUCAAUACCCACAUGAUAGACAAUAUACAUUAAUAUCAUUCAUAUACAAUACCUGUAAGAGAUUUUUUGAUUUGUCAUUGUAUUUGGAUGUUUGCAAUGUUGAUUUUUAUAAUAUACUAUUAAAAUUAACGUGGCAAAAUUAUUCAAAUCUGUCACAGUUGAAUAAUUUAGUUUCAGAAAUGAAAUUUAACGGUAUUGUUGGAAAUCUAGAUACAAUCAAAAUUUUGGAAGACGCAAUUUCCAUAUUUGAAGAUGUAGGUGAAGAAGUACUUGAUAUUAAAGAUGUUGUAAAACCCAAUCCACCCAUUCUGAUGUCAGGUAUUUUAUGGUCAAAAGAAGCAUACAAAGAAAUAGAUCAUUUAAAAAAAUAUAUUACCGCAUUGAAAAACAAUUUAGUAUAG